CUCCCAUGUGGCAUUGCGAGCGGUCUGUUUCUAGGUGUCUAGCAAGUAACAGCUAUCAGCCCAGACAGCCGGCGGCAACGGGAGCGGUAUUUCUUGGUGUGUCUUUCCACGAUUAUUUGCUGCCGGGUUUUCAUAAUUAAUAGUCGCUUGGCUGAAAAUAGUGAAAACACAACCCUGAGCCCUGCACAGAGAUAUGAGCGGCAGCGGGCGGCCCAGGACCAGCUCGUUUGCUGAGCCGCCAGGUGUUCCAGGAACUGCCGCUGCGUCCACCGGAUCAGCCGCUGCCGUGGGGAGCAGCACAGGAAAGUCCGGGGUCCCGCAGGCCUCCGGCAGCAGCUCGUCGGGAUGCUCGAACCUUAAGCUGGCCAGAGACAGCGGGAAGGUGACAACAGUCGUGGCCACACCAGGUCAGGGCCCGGACCGCCCACUGGAAGUCUCUUACACUGACAUCAAGGUGAUUGGCAAUGGGUCGUUUGGUGUGGUGUAUCAAGCCCGCCUCAUCGACAGUCAAGAGAUGGUGGCCAUUAAAAAGGUUCUGCAGGAUAAGAGGUUCAAGAAUCGGGAACUACAGAUCAUGAGGAAGCUGGACCACUGCAACAUUGUCAGACUACGUUACUUCUUCUACUCCAGUGGAGAGAAGAAAGAUGAAGUGUAUCUCAACCUGGUGCUGGACUUUGUCCCUGAGACGGUCUACAGGGUUGCCAGGCAUUUUAACAAGGCCAAGAGCAUCAUUCCUAUCAUAUAUGUGAAGGUGUAUAUGUACCAGUUGUUUCGCAGUCUGGCUUAUAUCCAUUCCCAGGGCGUGUGUCACAGAGACAUCAAGCCCCAAAACCUGCUUGUCGACCCAGAAACUGCCAUCCUCAAGCUGUGUGACUUUGGCAGCGCCAAGCAGCUGGUCCGCGGUGAACCCAACGUGUCGUAUAUCUGCUCACGGUAUUAUCGCGCCCCUGAGCUCAUUUUUGGUGCCACAGACUACACGGCAAACAUUGACAUCUGGUCAGCAGGCUGCGUACUGGCUGAGCUGCUGCUCGGACAACCCAUAUUCCCCGGUGACAGUGGGGUGGACCAGCUCGUAGAGAUUAUCAAGGUCCUAGGAACCCCAACAAGGGAACAAAUCCGAGAGAUGAACCCAAACUACACAGAAUUCAAGUUUCCUCAGAUCAAAGCUCAUCCAUGGACCAAGGUGUUUAAACCUCGCACCCCUCCAGAGGCCAUCGCUCUUUGCUCCCGGUUGCUGGAGUACACGCCGGCCUCACGGUUCUCCCCGUUAGAGGCCUGUUCACACACCUUUUUUGACGAGCUGCGCCAGCCGAACACACGACUGCCGAGUGGUCGAGAACUGCCCAUGCUCUUCAACUUCAGCACCACAGAGCUGUCCAUCCAGCCCCAGCUGAACCCAACCCUCAUUCCUCCCCACGCUCGCGCUCAUACAGCUGCUUCCGCCCACGAUGGUACCGGUUCAGAUUCAUCUCAACACAGUUCAGUACCAGGAUCUCUCAACAGCAUCUGAAGCAGCUCCUCACCUGCCUGCCAGCCUGACCCUUAUCUCUCUCUCUCUCUCUCUCUCACACACACACACACACACACACACACACACACACACACACACACACACACACACACACACACACACACACACAUACACACACACACACUACUGCUUUCCUCCAUGCUGCUUGCUCUCCUCUUAGAUGACCUGUUUUUGUACAGUAACUGCAUUGAACAAACAUUAGUUCUGUAGCUGCCAGGGGUGAAACUACGGCAGGUGAUUGUUAAACACACACACACACAGAGUUGUCUCGCUGCUGCUUGGGUGGUCUGUAAAGGUUCAAUAGUCGGGGCUGGUCCUCUGUAAUAUAACCUUUUUUUUCCUUCUUUUUUUUAAAUCAACAUUUUUUUUUUCUUCCUUCUUUGUUUUAUUUAUUUGACUAAUUGAAAGCAAACAUUUUUGUCUCUAGAGUUUUCCUUUUUUCCACAUCAGAUUAUUUUUUAUAUUCUAAAAUGUUUUUGCAUCUGAACUGUACACUGCCUAACCAAGAUCAGAACUGGCCCCAAGUAGGUCAUCAGGGUAAAGGAUGUUUUAUUCAACUCAGGGCGGGAGAGCGGAUGAAGGGAAUGAUAAAUUCCUAAAUCCUCCAGCCACUUUAUAUUUACCAAUCCAGCCUGAUGUUUACGUUUAAAUUUAACCUCCACAUCUUGUUAAUUUAGCUGCUUAAAUGUCAGGUAGAGUAGAAAAACCUCAUCAGUACCAGGGUAGCAAUUAUCAGUGUAUAGUUGGAGUUGUAUUGCCCCUUACGUGAAUCAUGUACAGUGGCUGCAUUACUUUAUGCAGACUGAUUCCACCAGUCACCGCGUCUGGUAUCCAUGUGUUUGGUUCCUGUUCUAGAGAGUUUUGUCUGCUUAAAGAGUGAAAUGUUCCUCUGAGAAACCAACAAAACUCAUUUCCACAUAUUCCUCAACUCCAUCUUCUGUUGUUCAUCACCUCAAAAAUUAGGCCAGACCUGUAAAUGUCAGUUGUGAAAAAAAGUGUGAAUGUGCUGCUCAGCAAGAGGCAGAUCUAGAAAAUGAGCGUUUUGAAAUUGAGCAAACAAAUUCAAACCAUAGUAGUGCAAAUAGUGUUACUUUACUGGAGGCUGCUCAGUGCGCUGCUAGUUUGCUGUCCUACCAACUAGUUGUGUCCACUGGAUGAUUGCAUAACAACCAGCGGUGCCUCGGGUGCCACUGUCCUAGAUCAUUUCAGCAAUAGAAAACGGUUAUUGAAGCUCGUCUAAUAAACUAGAGAUUCUGUAUCCCGACAUCAAUGCUUCUUAAAGAAAGUUUUUCUUUUUUACUCGCUGAAGAAAAUAACCAAAUGUAUGCCCCUUUUUAACCUUCUAAAAGAAAAAGAAACCUGGAAGCCUUCAUUGGUUUCACUUGUGCUAGAAAGUGUCAGUGAGUGGAGUUUACUGUGGAGGAAACGGCUGUGUUCAGAAAGGUCUUUAAAGGUGUGUUCCACUAAUAUUGGCUGGAAAUUAUACUAUGCAGGAUUUUCCUAAAAGAAACAGUCUAUCAACUCAUACAAAAGUAAUCCCUCUUAGUCAUCACUUAUGACCUACUAGAAAUGUGUGGCAGUGUCUGAUUCCUUCCUAUUUUGCUGUGUUUGGGACAUUAUCUGAGCAUCAGCCUUUGGGCAGUGGGUGUGUAGCUCAUUCCAAAACUAGACUGAGUGUGGGGUAAGUGGGCGUAUGUGAUGCUGCAGGUGGUACAGCGGGCUGUGUUUAGCAACCGUGCCCAGGGGGCUUGCGCUUCUGGUGUCGCUUAGCCGGGGGGUAAGAGGGGCCAGCUUUGAAUGUUGUUUUUAAGCGACAAUUCCUGCAUAGUAUGCCUUUUAAACAAAAAAACUACUUUUUCUUUUGUUUUUCAUUUCAAGCUUUCAAAAAUGUUUGAAAAUGUUUGAACUAGGGCAACCGUUGCUGCUUUUAAAAAUACUGAAAUUGUUUUAAGAUAAGCUAUACAUUUUAAAAGCUUUGAAAAGUAUUUAAGUGUGGUAAAUAUAGUUACAUAAUGGCUCCCCUUUACAAUUCCCCACAGUGUCUGAUGACAUGUAUUCAUACAGAAAACAAGAGGCUGUUGUUGCUAGUCUUAAAAUCAAUUUAAUUUCACAAUAUUAUAAAGGCGUCUCUAAAAAAAAAGAAAAAAACCCUGUAAGGUCCCUUAAAAUAUAUUGGCAGAUUAAACACAAAUGCUAUCUAAAAGCAACUUUUGGUGGAAUUCCCCUUUAGCUGAAAGAUCAUUUGUGUCCUGAUGUUAGUGUAGAAAAAUGCUUUUGUACUCCCAAUAGCUGAGAGAUUGUUGGUCCUCCUGUGGAUGAAAGAGAAACUACAGAAUGCCAGGAUGGGGGGAUUUAUUGUUUUAUUAAACUCAAUGUAAAUGUAUUUAUUUGUUUUUAUGAUGAGAGUUGGAUGUCAGUUAAUUUUAGCCGAAGAGGGCUUUAAAAUGGUGUCGAAACUUCUUUAGCAAACUGUACUUCAUCAGUGGAAAAUGAGUGAGAAGAUCUGUGUAGGAACAACAACAGAAUUAACAAACAGAAAGAUGAAUGGAAGCUGUAAUGUGAAUAGUAGUUGAAUGUGAAUUUCAAGCAGGGGGAGUUCCUUUUUGGUGACUGUGUGUUUGUGUGCUCCUUGUACUUCUAUCUUUGUGAAGACCAAUUUAAAUUUGACCCCAUAAGAGUGAGAAAAGUGAGCUGUUUGAGGUCAUGUUUACAUGUAGGUUAGGUGUGUGUGUGUGUGUGUGUGUGUGUGUGUGUGUGUGUGUGUGUGUGUGUAUUCCAACCUGCAGUCUGAGCAGGAAAUUUGUAGUAUAGUAUAUUUGAUACUAUUGUUGUACCAUGCCUCCACCUGCUGUUUUUAAACUACAGUCCUGUUUGCUUUUAACCGUAUGUUAUAUAUAUAAUAUACACACACGUUUAAAAGCUCGAUGCUUUUUUGAAUUCCACCACAUUCGGCACGUUCACAUUGAUUUUAUUUGAGGAGAGUGGAGAGCAUUUUUCAUUCUCUUUCCCAGCCUAACCUGUCAGUCCUGUGGGUAACUGCCAGGCUCACUCUGCUUUCUUUGCUAUAGAGAGUCCAACCAGCACGUUUGAUUAACUCUGCAGGACGCGUCACACUCAGAGCUGUCAGACUUGACUGUGGCUAUGAAAAGAUGUGACUCGACCGAGAAGAAUCAAACAUUGCUGAUUCGUCUCUUCCUCCAAUCUCAGAAGCCAUCUCCCCCCCCACUCUCUCCUUCUCUUAUCGCACAUGUAAAUAUCACUGAUUUUUAUUUUCCUCUUUUUACUUUUAUUACAGAGUUGUUUAUAUCUUAUCUCUCCCCUCAUCCUGUCGAUGAAGCAGUCUUAGUUUGUGCAUUGUUGUAAAUAAGUUUCUUUUUUUCACAAUUCAAAAUGUAAAUACUGCAAAGGAAGAAAAAAAAAAAAUCAGCCUACCCUCAUAUUUGUUGAUGAUCUUUCUCUCUCUCUUUCUUGUAGUCCAGAGAAAAUUGUAAAGUAUCCGUUAGCGGGUUCAAGGGUUCUGUUCCAAAAUGCUUUGUUUCUGUUCAGUUUGCAUCUUAGCUUUAAAUCUGGCCAAGGAUAUAUGACAGUGCUCUCUCCAACCUGCUCAUUGGAAUCUACUGUUGGUCUAUACAGUCUAAUAAAUGCAAAAUCUUUCUAGAUGUUUGUUUUCCUUUAUAAUGAAUAGAUUUAAAAGAGCAGUAAUGCACCUAACGGGAGUGGCUUGUAACUGACUCCAAAGGCUGCAGAUUCUCCACAAGAGGGAGCUGUGCAGUCAUGAAAAGACAAGUUCUCCACAUGCCAAUUAGAGUGAAAUGUAUUCAAGUUCAAGAUUAAUUUCCUUUUUAUCUUUUGGCCUUGGUAACAUCCUACCCCUUUAUUGUACUAUUGAAAUACCUCCUUCUGUCUCUCCCCAGUAACCAGGAGGCAGACAGUCACAGUCAGAGCAGUGUGAACCUCAUUCCUGAAAAAAAUGUUAAGCUGACAAAAGUAUUUUUUGCAGAUUUAAAAUAAUACAUUUAAAGCUCAAAAACAUCCCAAACAGCAGCUAUAAAAAAAAAAAAAGAAAUGGCCUCAAGCAGAGAUGACGAGCAGACUGCAGAGGGCUAUUUCAUUUUCAGACUAAGUCUUCAACCCCAACUUAGCAAUUUUAUCAGAUUUCACGCAGCUCUUCUGGAGCUACAACAAACUUUGAUGUGUAAAAUUGCUAUACUUGUUUUCUUUUUCUUCCACAUUGUUAUUUUUUCUCAUGUUGGAACAGAACUGUGUGUUGUGACAGAUUGCAAUAUGAUUACGGUGCAGUAUUGAGAAAAAAAUGUUUCUGCUACAGGUGACUGGCCUUUUCAGAGAAAGUUGCUGUCUCAUCAUGUCUGACUUGAUCUCCAUUUAGUUGUUGGACUAGAAAUCACACAGUAUGAUGUCCAGCUUGUACUUAACACUGGCAUUUUGUAUUAUGUGCCAUAUGGCAUUCAGAAUUGCUGCUACGAUCACAAGAUGGCAGAAAUAGACAUUUGUGUUGUGACUGCAUACAGAGCCACCUAUCAGCUGUGCACGUGUUAGUUGAGAGGCAACAUGCAAAAAUGUUGACUGACAGUUUCAAGUAAGCCUAAUCUCAGAAAUUGUACUUUUUGUUUGUGUUUUAAAAUUCACUGAAAGCUCAGUUGUUUGUUGACAUUACCUCCCUUAUGUAACUGAGGUUACUGCAUCUCUGUAUAAGUUAAUACAUCACUUUUAGUAACUAUUUUUACUCCAGUGCUGUUCAUUUUGGUGUCAUCCUGCCCUGGUGGACUGAUGUGUUGGAGUGAUAGACUGAGAAGGAGAGAGAAAGAAACACAAACCUGUCCGUCUCUGUUCUGUGUAUGUAUGAUAUGGACUCAUUUACUGUAAUAAAGUGAUGAAACUGUG